AUGGCCAGCCCUUGUAAGUGGGAGCGUCUGAGGCCGCUGCGGCCGGACACGCUGCGUGCGAGUGAGCCACCAAUGAUCAAGCUGAGUGUGGAUGAUGACGUACGGUUUGUGAGAAGAACUCUGAAAGCCAGAAAGCCUCGAUUUGAUGCAUCUUUGGUUUAUUUGACCCAAAAAUUCAUGGAUCUUAUCAGAACAGCUCCAGAUGGUGUUCUUGAUUUAAAUGAAGUAGCAACAACACUUGGAGUACGAAAACGAAGAGUGUAUGACAUCACCAAUGUAUUGGAUGGAAUCCACUUAAUUCAGAAAAGAUCUAAGAAUCUUAUCCAGUGGAUAGGUUCUAAUCUUGACCACAUUGUUGGAAGAACACCAGAAAAGCAAAGUCUUAAAGAUGAACUUUCUGACUUAGCAAGCAUGGAAGAAGCUCUGGAUGAAUUAAUCCAUGAUUGUGCUCAUCAGUUAUUUGAGCUAACAGAUGACAAAGAAAAUGCAAAACUAGCUUAUGUGACCUGUCAGGAUAUCCGUAGCAUUCAGGCAUUUCAAGGACAGAUUGUGAUUGCAAUCAAAGCUCCAGAGGAAACCAAAUUGGAAAUACCAAUUCCUAAAGAAGAUUGCAUAGAAGUACAUGUGAAGAGCACAAAAGGACCCAUUGAUGUGUACCUAUGUGAGGGGGAACAAGAGAAGCCAGGUGCCAAAACUUUUGAAGACAUGGAUACUGUCACUUCUGAAACUGAGUUAUCAGUUUCUCCUGAUGAAGUGGGCUCUCCAGUGGAAGAAAAUCAUCACACCAUCUGAGAUGACAAAUUAAUUACAACUCGAAAGUCUAAUACAGAAUGUAAAUAUCUGUUUUAUAGAAAUUUUCCAAAGCCACUCAGAUCUGCAAACUUAGUAACUGAAAUGUUCCAAAGUGUUUUAAAUUUAAAAUAGCGAUGAGUUGGUGGAGUGCUUUCAGAGGAUUGCUUAUCUUCUCAAGUCAAAAGACAAAGAGUUCCUAGAGUUGCUUUUAGGAGCUUUGUUUUAGUAAUUGGAUGUGAUCCGCAGAGCUUUGGGUCA